GUUCUACUGUUUUAUAUCAUACCUAACGAUUAUGUAGAAUCAUAAGAGCAUCUUCAUUCCCCUUUUACAAAAAGGAUCUCCAUCUUGAGUAUCUUUGAAUUUAUAUUAUAAUUAAGUAAUCAUAUAAAAUGAACAUCUAUCUAUAUAUAUUUGAAAAGUGACAAAUAAUGUUCACUUUUGUUAGUUCAAAAAAGUGAACAGUAUCUCCCAAAUGUGUAGCAACACUAUUCAAAUCCUCAUUACCUUUUUUUUCAUAUCCUUAGAUAAGGUAUUGCUAAUGACAUGUCAUUUUGAUACACCACUGCAAACUAGCUAAUUAUAUAUGCGGUAAUUCAAGAAUUGUUGGAAGAAGAUACAAAUAGUACAUAUGGUUUCUCUGAUCAGAAAAUUAAGAGAUUGUAACAAAAAACUGAAGGCAACUGACCAAAUCAGCCAAAAUAGUCCCAGCUAAAGCCGCCCUUUACAUACUUGUCCAAAGAAAAAAAAACCUAUUGACAAUAAGAUUAGGAAAGUCAGAGAUUAAAAGGCGACCAUGGGAGUAAAUAACCAACGAGCUGCCUUUUAUGAUUUAUCAGCCUCAAUGAAUACUCAAACGUAAGAAAAAGAACUGAUGAAUCACAACAAGUCCAACGAGUAUAAAAGUCCUAUCAUAGGCAGCUCUAAAAAAACUGUCAUAUCUUAUAUAUGCAUUAACGAGAGCCUCACAUCAAUUCCAUCAUCUUUAUAAACUUUUGGCCUCUCACAAUCUCAGCCUCUUGUGGCACCACAUUAAAAACAUUAGCGCUUCGGAGUAUGUUCAUCUCUGGCACAAGCUUCAAUCGAAACCAUUAAUUACACAACCACUGCAUCGCUGAAACGAUGCCCAAAAAUUUACAAGGGUUGAAGAUGGUAGAGAGUAUAACAGAGGAAAAUAGAGACUGACACGGACGGUCUUGUGGCAGAGAGAGAGAUAAGUAAAUUAAAGAAAAACAAUUGUAAAAUAAUAUAUGAGGCAUUUCCAGGAUCAAAAAGCAGUGAAAAGAGCAAGAUGAUCAGGAUAUACCACAAAAUUGAUAUAGCGUCACAAGCCAUUAUACCUGAAGGAAUUGUCUUAUCCCUCAGAAUUGGUAAUGGACGCCUAAAUUAAAAAACUCAAAAACAAUUACAACAAUAUGCUCAGUGGAAGGAGAAGUCGUUUAUUAGUAAAGCUCACGGCAAAAACAAACCCUAUAAUAGAAUUCGUACUUGUCCACUGCUCUUCUUACACUCUUCGUGCUUUCAUCUCAUCAUAGCAUCAAUAACAUAUUAUAAUCCAACCAAAACAACACAAACUUGGUAUUAAAAAAAAGAGCUUCAGUGUGUGUAACAAAGUCAGAUCAUUGAUCAAUAAAAACCUCACUGAAAUCCGCUAAGAUAAUUGUUUUUAUCAUCAUAAGCUCAUUAUCUAAUCAAUCUACGCAAACAUCAAUCCAAAAUAAAGCAAAACUAAUCAAAAUAUUUUAUAUAUUCAAGAAUGUGAAAGGGAAUACUCAGACAGCCAAGGGUUAGUCUUCAACUUCUGGGUGAAGUGCCCAGAUCAGAAACUCUAGUCCACAACAUUAUUGUAUCAUCACCAUAUACCCUUCCACACAAGAAACUAAACUUCACAACUCUUUCUAAAAACCCCUAACUAACUAAUAAUAAUACCAAAUAAUCGAGACAGUAGAGAAAGAUGCAAUGAUUUGCAGAAGAAGAAAAGCAUAUAAAUAUACAGAACACUGAAAGAUUAGGGUUUCCCUCGGCGGCUGUACUUUAUUAAUGGGCUUUACUUAGCCCAAUUAAUCUUUAUAGGCCGACCUUACGUGACCCAACAAACAACUUAGUUACUGUAUAAAACCAAUCAACCAACCAAUAAGAUAAAGAAAUCCAAAACCUUUAAAAAGCAAAGAACUAUCAACCAACAAAAAUGACGAUGGAGCUUGUGUUCAUCCCCUCGCCAGGAAUCGGCCAUCUCAGGUCAACCGUAGAGUUAGCCAAGCAACUAGUCAACGGAGACGAACGUCUUUCCAUCACCGUCAUCAUCAUCCCACGAUCAUCCGGUGGCGACGCAAGUGAUUCCGCUCAAAUCUCUUCCCUCUUCACCCCGUCUCAACCUCGUCUCCGUCACGAAACCAUAUCCGUCUCUCCAACUUCGGAACGCCGCCCGACGCAACUCUACAUCGACAGCCAAAAGCCACAAGUGAGAGAUGCAGUCGCGAGACUCGUCGUCGACUCGCGACUCGCGGGAUUCGUCAUCGACAUGUUUUGUGUCUCGAUGAUGGAUCUAGCUGACGAAUUUAAAGUUCCGAGUUACUUGGUGUACACGUCAAACGCCACGUUCCUAGGCGUCACGCUUCAUCUCCAGAAGAUGUACGACGAGAAGGAGUGGGACACUAGCGAGUUGAGUGAAGAAUCAACGGUCAAAGAGUUGGAGUUUCCGUGUUUGACACGUCCUUAUCCCGUUGAGUGUCUUCCAUACAUUUUCCUAUCCAAGGAGUGGCUACAGUUAUUUCUAUCCCAAGCGAGAAAAUUCCGAAAAAUGAAGGGUGUUUUGGUAAAUUCAGUUGCUGAGUUGGAGCCUCACGCUUUGGAUGUUUUAUCACGUGAUGGUGAUCUCCCGCGAGUUUAUCCUAUUGGCCCAGUGUUGCAUCUCCAAAACGGAUCUCGCGAUGACGGUGGGGAGGAGUCGGAGGUUUUGCGGUGGCUUGAUAAGCAACCGGAGAGAUCGGUGGUGUUCCUCUGCUUCGGUAGCUUGGGAGGAUUCAGUGAGGAACAAACUAAAGAAAUCGCCGUGGCGUUAGAUCGAAGCGGUUAUCGUUUUCUCUGGUCGCUCCGUCGCGCAUCGCCGAAUAUAUUGACGGAGGCGCCCGGAGACUACGCGAAUCUGGAGGAGAUUCUACCUGAGGGAUUCUUGGAUCGGACUUCGGAUAGAGGGAAGGUGAUCGGGUGGGCUCCGCAAGUGGCGGUGCUAGCGAAGCAUGCGAUUGGUGGAUUCGUGACUCAUUGUGGAUGGAACUCGAUGCUUGAGAGUUUGUGGUUCGGUGUUCCGAUGGUGACGUGGCCGUUAUACGCGGAGCAGAAGGUGAAUGCGUUCGAGAUGGUGGAGGAGCUGGGAUUGGCGGUGGAGAUACGGAGGGCUAUUAGGGGAGAUUUGUUGGACGGGGAGAUGGAGAUGGUUAGGGCGGAGGAGCUAGAGAGAGCGAUAAGAAGUGUGAUGGAGCAAGAUAGUGACGUUAGGAACAGAGUGAAGGAGAUGGCUGAGAAGUGCCACGUGGCGUUAAUGGAUGGAGGGUCUUCGAAGGCGGCUUUAAGAAAGUUUAUUGAAGACGUUAUCUAGAAUGUUCUGGUCGUCUAGGUUCAUUGGAGGGAAAUUUGAAAGGAGAUUUGAGUUUUGCAUGUUCACUAUGAGAUGCGUUAACUUUUAGUUUCCUUUGUGUUCUGUAUGAGUCGCAUCUUGUAAAUGGUUUGCAUGUGUAUCAAAUGUUGUAUGAAACUUAAUUAAGAGCUUUGAAUUUUAGUAUUUUAACAAAAUUUCAUUAAAACAGUU